CGUGCCUAUCGUUAGAAAAACAAAGGCAAGAACAAUAGUGGCACAGUAUGCCAAACAAUUUUCUAUGAAAAUUGAGACUAUUUCUAGAAUUCUGUGGUUCUAAGAGUUUUGAGCAGAGCACGACGUUUAAAUGCUUAUUUCGUUUUACAGCACGUAACAUGGAUCCUGCGUUGUUAAAGGAAAGAGAAUUAUUCAAAAGACGAGCAGUUGCUAGCCUAACGUUGGUUUCUUGUUACAAGAGAAGAGGAGAAUUAUAUGUUUUUUUUAGGUUAGAAAAGAAAAAAAAUGAAGCCAAAUCAGAUCCAGUCAAAGAGGAAAGGAAGAAAGCUAAAUCUAAUACAUCGGUUAUUCCCAAACUUGAUAUUAAUUCGUAUAAAACGACAACUGGAAGUUCGCAAUAUCGGUUUGGUGUUUUAGCAAAAAUUGUAAAACACAUGAGACAAAGGCACCAGGAAGGUGAAACAUAUCCUUUAACAUUAGAUGAAAUAUUAGAUGAAACAAAUCAGCUGGAUGCUGGCAGUAAGGUGAAACAGUGGUUGCAAAAUGAAGCCUUAAUUAAUAAUCCCAAAAUUGAGGUUACACCAGAUGGAAAGUUCCUAUUCAAGGCAUUGUAUAAAUUGAAAGAUAGAAAAAGCUUACUGAAACUUCUAAAACAGCAGGACUUAAAAGGCCUGGGAGGAAUUUUAUUGGAAGAUGUUCAAGAGUCUUUGCCUCACUGUGAUAAGGCAUUAAAGAUUUUAAGUAGUCAAAAUGAAAUAAUUUUUAUAUCAAGGCCAAUAGAUAAGAAAAAAGUGUUGUUUUACAAUGACAGAACAGCUUUAUUGACAGUUGAUGAGGAAUUUCAAAAAUUAUGGAGGUCAGUUGCUGUUGAUGCUAUGGAUGAUGCCAAAAUUGAAGAAUAUUUAGAUAAACAAGGUAUUAGGUCAAUGCAGGAUCAUGGUUUAAAGAAACCUGUAGCAAUAAAAAGGAAGAAAACAAGCCAAAGAAGGAAAACAUUUAAAAAGCCCAGAGAUAAUGAACAUUUGGCAGAUGUAUUAGAAACCUAUGAAGAUAAUACCUUAACUCAAAAAAAUAUUGUAUAAUUUCAAAGCUUACUAAAAUUGAUGAUUUUUUAACAAAUCAUUAUUAUAUUGUAAUAACAGCUCAAUUCGUAGCCAACCAAAUGGGUUGGGAUUACACAUCAUAGAUAAAUAAGUCACAGUGGAAGUCAUCAACCAUAUUAUUAUCAAUUAUUUUUAAGAAAAACAGGACAUUUUAGUGUCCUGUAUACUCCAUUAAUAUGCAUAACACACGCGACAAGUUGUAAGUUAGGAUCCUUGUCAAGAUUUGAUGGGAGUGGCAUGUAAACACAUUGUACUCUUGGAAAUAAAAUCAUAAAUUCCUUUAAUAA